AGGAGUAUGAUCUGGAAAUAACCAACAAUGGUCCCAUCACAACGGGAGCUCAAGCUACUCUUCACGCCAGUCUAAGCAUGAAGAAUGAGAGUGUUGCAUCAAACUUGUAUCACUUCAACUGGAUUUAUGCUCCUCUGAUUCUGAUAGAGAAAUCUGAGCAGCAGUUUAACUCCGCGAUUAAUGUGACCGGCGAAUUUCCUGGGACUUUUCCUGUAUCUGUCUGGGUGACUCAUAGAAACUGUUUGUUAUGUCGGCCAGUUGCUAGAAACGUCACCAUGCUUCAAAUUACAGAAUUUAUCACAGGGAAUCUUACCAUUGCCCAGAUAGAAGACAGUAGAUUCAUCACGCAUGGUUCUAGCUCCUCCACGGGCACCGUGACCCGGAUUUCUUUCUGUCUUCAUGACCCAAGUCAUUACUUCAACUCAGCAUCAUUUGUCUACAGAUGGGAUUUUGGAGAUGGAGUUUAUCAGAUUACCAAGGAACCCUUUGUCUACUGUAACUGGUGUGCCGUGGGGAACCGCACCGUGCAUCUGAAAGUCAUAGCUGAAUGGGAGCAAAUUGGAAGCAUUAUACAUGAAAGAGAAAUGGUGCAGAAAACGGGUGAUUUUACCACUUCUCUGGACCUGUUAGAUGCUGUUAAAAGUAUUAAUGUCGUGGGCUCCAGAGAGACUCAUGUAAUGGAAAACUUGAGUUUAUCUCUUCAUAUCAAUGGCACCCCGCCACUGGCAUUAUGCUGGCUCAUAAAGGCCGAAUGCAUUCCACUUGAAGGUGACAAAUGCCAUCUGGUGGCACUUAAUGGCUCCUGCUACCAUCUCAGCCAUAUCUUCAGCCAUGCUGGGCAGUAUUGCCUCAGCGUCAGAGUGGAGAACAGCGUGACGAUGCUGCAGACCUACCAUGAAAUAAAAGUGUGGCCAAAGGGGAUCCAUCCGGCUUUCUUUGUCCUGCUCUGCCUCACUCUGGUUUCAGUGAUGCUAGGACUGGUGCUGUACACGACCUUCCGAAGUAACACACAACAAAAAGAUCUCGUGGAGGUAGCUGACUUUGACUUUUCUCCACUGUCUGAUAGAAACCUGCCUUCUCAUUCCGAGUCACUCUGUGGCCAAAUAUGUUGCAGAUCAUGUUUUCUUCGGUCAUCUCAGGAAGCUGCCAGGGAGAGUCAUGAACUUCUACGUUCUUUUUACAAGCCAGUCAAAAUGUACACAGUGUGAAGAACACAACUGCACUUUGGUUACACUAAUUGCCAGUUUAACUUUCUGACUUAGAUGAGUUAAAAGCCCAGUGCUGCAUGAAUGGUUUGGUUUUGCCAGUGCAAUGAGGUUAACCACUUUAAGUCCGGCACUUGAGUGUUUCAUUCUCUGAACAUAAAGAAAAGCAAGCCCUGAAACACAGUAAAAGCUUUGUAUUUUUAAAUUAGAUGGGUGUAUACAUUUACAGCUUUAAAUGCAGCGUUUUAUUCUUAUGAAAGAUUGUUUUAUGUAAAGGUUUGCUAAACUCACUACCUCUUGUAAUUUCUCUGCUCCUUCUGCUGUCUGUUUCAAAGAAGAAAUGCUUAAGACAAAUAUACCUCUCUUUCCUAUGUUACAACAAUAUUACUGUAAAUGGAAAUC